UUUUAUUUACCGAUCGUACAGAUUGUAUAUUUAUUUAAAAAAUUUAAAUUUAAAAUUGUAUAUUUAGGUUUUCAGAUAAAAACUUAAAUAGAGAGAGAUAAUUAGAAAUAUCCAAAAAACUUAAUAUCCAAAUAAUGUCUGAAGAUAUAAUUACCAAGACAGAAGAACCAGAAAUCCAGUACAUUCUAAAUAAUACAGAAUUUGUAUUUGAUUCUUCAGAUUUAAGUGAAGAAAUUAAUGACAUCAUAUACACAGAUGGAAAUCAAGCAUACAUUUGGACAAAUGGCCAUAUUGUACAAGAAGUGGGUGAAGAAGGAGAUACUGUGUUGGUGCAAGAUGGAGAAGAAAUUAUGGAUCAAUACUUAAUGAAUGAUAAACAAGAUCUAUCCCAAGAAAACCAACAGGUUAUUAAAUAUGUUGAUGAGGAAGGUAAUUUAUCAGAAGCCUCCAAUAUUUUCUAUAUAGAUAAAGAAGGUGUUCCUUUAGGUUCCCAAAGCAUAUCUCCUCAGUAUUAUUUGACUGACUUUAUGGACUCUGUUCCUAAUGUUUGUAAUGAAGAUCAAGAUUCAAUUAAUACCAGUGAAUACUAUGUGGGAGAUCAGGAUGCAGAUGCAUUUGUUGAUAUUAAUGAUACAAAUUGGUAUCUAAAUAUCUCCAAGGAUGGAAAUAUACAUAUAACCAUUCCUCCAACUGAUAAUAACGAAAAUACAACAGAUACUAGCGAUGUCCCACAAAAAGUCGAUUUAACUGCCAUUACAGGAAAAAAUCUUUUAACUGGUCAAGUGCUCAGUUUGGACAGUUAUAUGGACAAAAUAUUAACGCGGAUGAAAUCGAAUCCGUCCAUUAAAUCUUCGAAAAGGAAGCAUAAUUUAAAUGCUUAUUUGAAUAAAAAACUUAAUUUGGGUCUUACGGUUGGUGGGAAAAAGCUGAUGGGAAAGAUAAUUCAUGUAGGCUCCAAAGGCAAGGAAGCGAUUGGAGUUCGAGUUACAGAAGACGAUUCAAAGAAUAAAAAUGAAGAUAUACUUUGUACAGAACCACCGGCAAACAUGUUACGAAAUAAUUUGAUUGCCAACUAUCAACCAAAAAACAUUACUAAAGAAUCCGAUCAAUUUCAGCACAUUUCGAAAGUUCUAUCAGAUUUAAUGCGCAAAGAAAAUUUUAAAGCGAAAAUUAGACAAAGAAGACUUUGGAUAAAAGUCGUAGAGAAAUAUCGAACGAAAGCAAGUGUGAGUACCAAAAACGUAUCGUGGAUUAGGGGGUGCAUGGAGCCGAAAUUGACACCUGUUGAAAAUAAUGAGUAUUUAGAAGACUGGACUUUUGUAUCUGAUGAUGUUAUAACAGAGGAGAAUUAUGCUAAACUCAAGUCACAAAAAGAAUAUUCAAACUACCUACAUCUAACGAUAAUAACAACGCAUUACAGCAGUAGCAAAAGUAUUAUUAAAAUAAUUAUCGAUUCGAAAAACGUUGAUUGUCGUUAUUGUGAGCAGAUGUUUGGAUCAAAAGAAAAUAUGGUAAAGCAUGUUAAUAAAGACCAUAACGCAUGCGAAGUUUGCAAUGAAGUUUAUCCAAGUUUGAGGGAGUUGAUGACUCACAAACAGAUCCACAAUACUGCUGCCUUUAAAAUAUGUCCUAAGAACAACUGCAAAAAGUAUUUUGUGACAGAUCUGGCUUUAAAAAAACACACUGAGUCACACAGAUUGGAAUCUUUUAAAUGUUCACUUUGCUCUUACAGUGGAGUUAAUGAAGCUGACUUUAAAGCUCACUCUUCGACUCAUCCGUCAAGUUGUGACGUCUGCAACUUUGUUUUUUUCAACGAAGCUGAAUUAGUGGCACAUAAGCAACAGGUUCAUUUGUCAAAUGAAACCAGUAGACAUAAAAAAGUAGUAAUAACUAAGCUAUAUGUAUGUGAAAUAUGUAACCACACAUUUUCCCGGCAAGCGAAUUUGCAUAGACAUCUGGAAAUACACAAGAAAACGGAUAAGCUCUUUACGUGUACAAUAUGUGGUUGUUCGUAUCACUUUUCAUCAUCUUUAACUCGUCAUAUCGUUAAAAACCAUGUACAAUUGAAAAGACCAGAUGUUGCUCCCAGCGAAGAAGAGAAUUCUAUAGCAGUGAUGCUUUGAUUUAAAUUAAUGCAAUAGGAAAUAUGGAUACCCAAGAAGAAUCUUUUAUAGAACGCUUAAAAUUCACCAUGUUUCAAUUUCUGUUGGGCAGCUGAUAGUUUUUCGCUUAGUUAGAAGUUAUUUAAGACUAGAAAGGCAUAAAAACAGCAUUAGAUUUUUUAUUUGUCAGUUGUAUUCGGAUGGUAGUAAGAAGUCCAUAAAACUUUACUAAGAAUGUAUUAAAAUUUAUUAGUAUCAAAUCACCAAAGGCUGCUUUUAGUUAAUCUAUGAUUAAGCAAAUUGAUGUUGGUUGCACCGUUAAUGACAAAUCCGUCAAAAUCGAUUUAAAGGACAUUUUACGUAGAUUAAGUGAUUUUAUAUUAAGAAUAAGUAAAAAUGACAUGUUAUAUUUUAUUUAUUUGUUAUUCUUGCGAAUAUAAUUGUAUUAUGUUUAAAUCAUUUUAAAUUUUGUCUACGCAUGGCCCAUUAAAUCUCCAGGUCGGAAGAUUAGAUGUGGCAACGCUGGCAGUCGG